AUGGAGGCCAGAAACCUCAGCUUGGAGGCCUCUUCCCGACAGUCAGGGAGAAGAGAGACCAAGGGGGAGGGGAAGAUGGCAGCGGAGCCCCGGUCCUGGCCGUCCCCAGGUCUCGUAGCGGCGGUGGCCGUGCUGCUGGGGCUGCUGAGCGUGUCCCGGGCGAUUGGCAGUGGCGACGCGGAGUUCCCGUGGGGCGCGGUGCGGCUGCCCACGGACGUCGUCCCGCUGCGCUACCACCUCCUCGUCCACCCUAACCUCACCACCCUCAACUUCGCCGGGACGGUCGCCAUCGAGGUGGCGGUCACCCGGCAGACCCGCGCCGUCGUCCUGCACAGCAAGAGGCUGCUCAUCGACGGGGCCACCAUCGAGGGCGGGGACGCCAUGGAGGCGCGGGGGGUGCGGGUUCUGGAGCAUCAGGCCCUCGAGCAGCUGGCCCUGCUCCCCACCAGUCGCACCGGCGGUCAUUUGCUAAACGUGAAAUUGCUCUGUUUUCACGCAUCGUGGGGGUGCACGCUGUGUGUGCGAAGGGUGCUCGCAGCGACGCAGUUCGAGCCGACAGCGGCGCGAAUGGCCUUCCCCUGCUUCGACGAGCCAGCCUUCAAAGCCAGCUUCUCGGUCAGGAUCAGGAGGGAGCCGAAGCACCUUGCGCUGUCCAAUAUGCCGAUCGUGAAGUCUGUGAAUAUAACUCCCUGGCUUGUUGAGGACCAUUUUGAAACUACUGUCAAGAUGAGUACGUACCUCGUGGCCUUUAUUGUUUCGGAUUUUAAAUCCAUCAGCAAAAUAACCAGCCAUGGAGUUAAGGUUUCUGUGUACACGGUGCCAGACAAGAUCGACCAAGCUCAUUAUGCCUUGGAUGCAGCAGUGAAACUUCUAGACUUCUAUGAGGAUUACUUCAGCAUUCCGUACCCCUUACCUAAACAAGAUUUAGCAGCUAUUCCUGAUUUUCAGUCUGGUGCUAUGGAAAACUGGGGACUGACCACAUACCGGGAAUCUGCUUUGCUGUAUGACCCUCAAAAGUCCUCAGCAUUUUCCAAACUUUGGAUUACUGUGGUGAUAGCCCAUGAGCUGGCUCAUCAGUGGUUUGGCAACCUCGUUACCAUGGAGUGGUGGAAUGAUCUGUGGUUAAAUGAAGGAUUUGCAAAGUUCAUGGAGUUUGUGUCGGUCAGCGUUACCCAUCCAGAACUGAGAGUUGAAGACUAUUUCUUAAGGAGAUGUUUUGAUGCCAUGGAAGUGGACGCAUUAAAUUCAUCACAUCCCGUAUCUACUCCUGUGGAAGAUCCAGCUCAAAUUUUAGAAAUGUUUGAUGAAGUUUCUUAUGAGAAGGGAUCUUGUAUAUUAAAUAUGCUGAGCGACUACCUGACUGCUGACAUCUUUAAAGCUAGACUUGUCCAGUACCUGCAGAAAUACAGCUACCAGAACACAAAAAAUGAAGAUUUGUGGAACAGCAUGACAAAUAUUUGCCCCGCAGUAGGUAGUGAUAAAAAUGAACUACAAGGUGAUGGUUUUUGCAGAAGAAGCGAACAGUCAUCUUCAAAUGCACAUUGGACUAAAGGAGAGACUUUUGAUGUGCGGGCAAUGAUGGACACUUGGACGCUGCAGAAAGGUUUUCCCCUGGUAACUGUCACGGUGAGAGGGAAGAACGUCCACCUGCAGCAGGAUCGCUAUGUGACGGGAGAGGAUUCUACUUCGUCCAUGGGGUACUUGUGGCACAUCCCACUAACCUACAUCACCAGUAAAUCUCACACUGUUCAGAGAUUUUUGAUGACAACUAAAGCAGAUGUCAUUAUCCUUCCGGAAAAGGUGGAGUGGAUUAAAUUCAACGUGGACAUGAAUGGGUAUUACAUUGUGCACUACGAAGAUGAUGGAUGGGAUCACCUGAUUAACCUGUUGAAAGAGAACCAUACAGUGAUUAGCAGCAACGACAGAGCCAGUCUCAUUAACAACGUAUUCCAGCUUGUGAGAAUAAAAAAACUGUCGAUUUCCAAAGCUUUUGAUUUAACUUUGUACCUGAAACAUGAAAGACAAAUCAUGCCUGUACUCCAGGGUAUGAGCGAGCUGAUUCCUAUAUACAGGCUUAUAGAGAGGAGGGAUGUGGAUGGUACAGAAAAACACUUAAAGGAGUAUAUAGUCAACCUAUUUAAAGACCUGAUUGACAAGCAGUCCUGGAGUGAUGAAGGCUCCGUGUCCGAGAGAUUGCUUCGGCACUCGCUGCUGCUGUUUGCCUGCGUGCACAGGUACCAGCCGUGCCUCGACAGAGCCCGAGCGUAUUUUAGAGAGUGGCAGCAGUCCAACGGAACCUUGAGCUUGCCAGCAGAUGUGAAGACAGCGGUGUAUGCCGUUGGGGCACAAACAUCCGAAGGCUGGGAUUUCCUCCUCAGUAAAUACAGACUGCACGCGUUCAGCGUGGAGAGGCAGAACAUUGAAUUAGCUCUCAGCCUCAGCGGGAGUAAGGACAAACUUCAGUGGCUGAUGGAUGAAGGUCUGCGUGGUGACAUCGUAAGAACUCAGGAUCUUCCACAUAUUAUUGUACAUGUUGGCAAAAACCCAUCUGGCCAUCAUCUAGCUUGGACGUUUUUAAAAGAAAAUUGGGAGAAAGUUGUAGAAAAAUUUGAACUUGGUUCAAGUUCGGUAGCGAGCAUUGUCACUGGAGUGACAAGUCGGUACUCGACAAGGUCACAGCUUGCACAGGUGAAAGGAUUCUUCGGUUCCCUGGAGGAAAAAAGCGCUCAGCUUCGCUGUGUCCAGCAAGCUGUGGAAAACAUCGAAGACAAUAUCCAAUGGAUGGACAGAAAUCUUGAGAAGGUCAAAACAUGGCUGCAAAACAACCAUCUGUAA